AUGUCUUCAUCUAAAGAAGUUGUCCUUGUUGCUGGCGGAGCAGGUGUGGUUGGAUCAGGCAUUGCUUUGAAAUUCCUUAAAGAAGGAAAACUCGUGAUUGUUCCAUCACGAAGAUCUGAAGCUUUAGAAGAAUUGAAAAAGCAAGCUGUCCAUGAAUUGCAACAGAAUUUGAUCGCCAUUCAUCAAACCAUUGAUGAUCAAGAGCAAGCAGCAAUCCAUUUGAAACAAGAAAUUCUUGAAAAGUAUGGUCAUGUGGAUCAUGUGGUAUCCUCUCUUGGAAGUUGGUGGCAAAAGAGCUAUCCCACUGAAACCUCUGUCUCGGAUUAUUUGGAUCUUUUGAAAAAUUCAUUGUUGAGCCACUUUGUGAUCGCGCAACAAUUUUUAACAUUACCAAAUUUGAAAACUUAUACCAUCAUUACAGGUGCUGCCGGAGAGAGAGUCAUGUUUGGAAAGAUGGGAUUACUCACCUCUGCUGUGAGUGGAUUGUUUGGAUUAAUUAAAGCUCUCCAUAAGGAAGUUGAGGAAAAGAAAUUGAGUGUCAAGUUGAAUGAACUUAGAAUUGCUGCUUACAUUAAAAAGCCUUCUGAAGUGACUGGAUCCAGCUUUUCCAAUCAAGUCAUUGGAGAAUAUAUCUCCAAAAUUGUGAAACAAGAUGUGGGAGGAAAAACCUAUUCCUUUAAACACACCAAUGAUGUUGAACAAUUGACAACACUUUAA